AUGUAUAGAAUCAGUGACCCUAACCAAUACUUGGUUAAGACCGGUGCAUUCAUUAAAGAUGUGUCUCUUCAAAAGAAGGGAUGGGUGAUACCCGGUCAACGCUCCAUCUUUUUUGACAUCACUCCUGAAAAUUACACUCUGCAACUUCAAGCAAUGACGGCGGAAAAGCUGGAAUUCAAUCUUCCUGCCGUCUUCACCAUUGGUCCAAAGGAUGAACCUGAAAGCUUGAAAAGGUAUGCCAAACUACUGGCGACGAAUCAUAAAAACUCGGAUCACGUCAAAGAUUUGGUGAAGGGUAUUAUUGAAGGUGAAACCAGAGUUAUUGCUGCCGCAAUGACUAUGGAAGAAAUUUUCCAAGAAAGAAAAGGGUUCAAAGAGCAAGUGGUCAAGAACGUACAGGAAGAGCUUAACCAGUUUGGUUUGUUCAUUUACAAUGCGAACGUAAAACAACUGCAAGAUACCCAAGGAUCCGAAUACUUUAAAUACAUGAGAAUGAAAACCCACGAAGGUGCCAUAAAUAGCGCAAAGGUUGAUGUCGCCGAAGCAAAAUAUCGUGGUGAUGUGGGCGCCAAGCAAAGAGAGGGAUUAACAAGACAGGAAACUUCGAAAGUCGAGUCUGACACGGUUAACAUUGAAAACGAACGUAAAGUUACCAUGGCACAGGCUGAGGCGAACCUUGCAAUCAAGAAGUCUGAAUACGAAAGGCAAACCAAAAUUGCUGCUAUCGAGGCCUCGCAGGCGGCAAAGAUGAGAGAAAGCGAACUUCAGAAAGAAGUUGAAGAACGAAGACUCUUGUCUGAGACAGAAAGGCUUCGUGUUCAAUUUGUUGCAAAGGCUAAUGCAGAAUAUGAAGCAUCGAAGGCCGUUGCAAAUGCUAAACUUUACACUGCGCAAAAAGAAGCCGAGGCUGCUUUAUAUAUAAAACAAAAGGAAGCCGAAGGUCAACUCGCUCUCUACAAUGCCCAAGCAGAGGGUAUAAGAAACCUGAUGCAAUCCUUCGGUGGGAAUGCCAAUGCUGCUUUACAGUACAUCAUGAUUGACCGUGGUGUAUACACUCAAUUGGCCAAGGAGAAUGCCACAGCAGUACAGAAUCUAAAUCCCAAAAUUACCGUUUGGAAUACUGGUGGCCAAAACGAAAAUCCUGUUGCAAACAUCUUCCAGUCUUUACCUCCGCUUUUGUCUACUAUACAAGACCAAACCGGAAUUUCUCCUCCUUCUUGGCUUGCCCAAAUGCCUGACGACAAAACGAACAGUUAA